AUGAAUGACCAGUUUCGCUCACACGGCCUGAGCCGGCUGCAUCCCCAUGAAGCAGAUGGUGGAGAUGGUGGAAGUGGCAGAGAUGGAGAUGGAGACAGAAGCAGAAGCAGAAACAGAGCCGACCUGCUUGACCAUGGACGCGACAUAAGCGUGAAGCAAGGGAGCAACACUGCUGCGACAUCUACCAAUACCAACACAAGUCGAACCACCGGAUCCAGUUCCAGUUCCAGCGCAACCACGACAAGCAAUACCUCAAGCAACACCACCGCGCACCGACUCUCCACCUUCAGCCUUCGCUCGCCCACUCGCGCCCCGGUCCAACACCAUCCUGUUACUCCUGCUGCUUCUGCUACGGCUACCACUGGCGCUGCUCCUCCUUUGCCUUCAGACUCUGUCGUCGCGUCCACUUCAGCCUCCUCCAUCGCUGCCCAUCCGCAUCAUCAUCACCACCACCACCACCAUCAUCAUCAUCGCCAUCAUCACCAUCAUCAUCCCGACGCGACCCCCGGGUCGACUACCUCGUCCCACCAUCACCACCACGCGCAACCCUCAUCCGUAACCGGUGCUUCGCGACAGCAUCACCACCAUCACCACGGCAGCCUUCCAGCCCCUUUUGCCGCCGCGCCUGCGCACGCCUCUCCUGCUGCGGCGGCAUCGCCCGCGCCAACCUCCACCAUCAUGACUGGCGGCUCUGCUCCUGGUGGCCUGCCACCCCUAGGGCCCGGUGCUGUUUCACCAAACGCCAACCAUCACCACCAGCAUCACCAACAUCACCAGUCUACCCCGGCGCACCCUCGCUCUCCUCUGCGCCCCUCCUCAGGCUACUACUCGCCCGCCGCUGAUGCCCAUCACCAGCCUCGCGAUCCGAAGCCUCCUGGCAGCUUCUACGAUCCUCUUACCGAUACUACAAUGAAAGAACGCAGUAGGGUCUCGGAUUCUUGGCACAAAGCUCCUCCCUCGGCUUCACCCAAGACUCGCGAAGCCUAUCCCUACCACCCGUCAUCCUCCGAGCCACAUCAGCCUGCCUAUUACAACGGCCACUACUCAUCUUCUAGAGACUCACGUCCGUCGCCGUCAUUCAAUCGGCCCCGAAGCCCGCUGACGCACUCCCAUCCUACCCUGCCUGCGGCUUCCCGCAGCCCUCCUACCAGGCAGGCACUUAUGGCUUCCCCUACCCAUCACCAUGCUCCUAUCAGCUCGACCCCGAAUGGCUCAGCCACUUUGCUCAAUAAAACGGAUUUGAGAGGUGUCUCGCCCCUACGGCCUGUCGCUCCUGCCCCAUCAAGCACACCAAGCCGUGCCGACCCCAUGUCAUUUUCCAAUAUUCUUUCCAGCGCCGAGCCGGCUAGGCCCAAGUCGCCGCCGCCAACCAUCACUCCAGCGCCUGCUCUCCAGCCGCGUGUCAAGGAGUUGAAUAAUGAUACAGAGGCUGAAAAAGACCCCGAGACAGAAACCGAGCCUGCAAAUGUCAAAGGUGUUGACGCGUCCGCGCUGAAGAAAAAGAGCAGUCGUCGCUCGACUAAAGGUAGAGCAUCGGAUCUUCGUGAUGCCGCCCCCAAGAGCCGGCGUUCCUCAUCAAGAAAAGAAUCCACCUCCCGUAGCGCCUCGAAACGCCAAGCCGAUGGACAGCCCAAGCCAAAGACUUGGUCUCCCGAGAUGGAAAAGAAGAUUUCCAACUACGAAGACAAGAUUGACAAUGAGAUCGCCGGCCUCGACCCCAUCGAAUUUGAUGAGACCGCAUACAAGCAGCGUGCCCAGAAGCGUCGCCGCAUCAUGGAUGAAGUCGACACGCAGCAGCAGCUUGUGCGCCGCGACGAAUUCUGCGAAAAGGAGAGCAAACGCCUGCUAGAACAUGCUGAGCUCGGCAAGAGACGCUAUGACGACAUGUACUACGAGAGCGCUCUGCAGCAAGUGCGCGAGCAGGAAAUCUUCGCUGAAAAGGAGCGUAAAAAGGAUAUGCAGCGCAAGCGUCGCCGCGAAAAGUCCAUGGCUGUCACCAUGGAACUCAAGGAAGCUGCCCUUGCACGCGCCGAGGCUGCUGAAGACGAGGAGGAGCGCCAGAAGCACCUUCGUGAUGCCGAGCGCGCCAGUAAAAAGGCACAGCAAACUAAGCUCAUCCUUCAAAAGGGCAUCAAGGGUCCUGCUAGGAACCUGGAAAUGAGCUUUGACGGCUCCAUGUCCAGCUUUGUCGCCUCCGAUGCCGAGUCUGGCAAGAAGAAGGGCCGUGGCGGUUCCCGACCUAAGAAAUCUAAGGAACAGAAACAAGCUGAAAAGGAUUCUGCCGUCGCUGCUCAGGCCGCCAUUGACGCUGGUGAGGAAUUACCCGCCAAAGAGGAGGCCAAGGUCCGCAUAAAAAUCAAGGGCCGCUCAAAGAAGGACGGUGGCAAGGAAAAGGAAAAGGUGGAAGGCAAAGAAAAGGUUGACGACGUUCCCGAAGCCGAGAAGAAGUUUAUUUCCAAGGGCUAUAAUCAAAUCUACGACCAGAUUUGGCGCGACAUGGCUCGCAAAGACGUCAACAAGACCUUCAAGCUCGCUGUUGACUCGUAUGCCACCAAGAGUUCCAACCUCAAAAAGACGGCCAUCCUUGCCUCCAAAGAGGCAAAGCGCUGGCAGCUCCGCACCAAUAAAGGUACCAAGGAUCUGCAGGCUCGCGCCAAGCGUGUCAUGCGUGACAUGAUGGGCUUCUGGAAGCGAAACGAGCGUGAGGAGCGUGACUUGCGUAAGGCGGCCGAGAAGCAAGAGCUUGAAAACGCUAGAAAAGAGGAAGCCGAGAGAGAAUCAGCGCGUCAAAAGAGAAAGCUGAACUUCCUCAUCUCUCAAACUGAGUUGUACUCGCACUUUAUCGGCAAGAAGAUCAAGACGGACGAAGUUGAGCGCAGCACUGAUAAUCCCGAGAUUGCCCAAGACGGCUCCGCCAUUGCCGAAAAGAAAUUGGACAUUGCCGAACCAACUGGUCCCCUCGGUGGCAAAGUCACCAACUUUGAGGAUCUUGACUUUGACGCUGAGGACGAAUCGACGCUCCAGGCUGCCGCCAUGGCCAAUGCUCAGAAUGCAAUUGCCGAAGCUCAACAAAAGGCUCGCGAAUUCAACCAACAGGGUCUGGACAUGGACGACGAGGGCGAGAUGAACUUCCAGAACCCCACCGGUCUUGGCGAGGUUGAAAUUGAGCAGCCCAAGCUCCUCAAUGCACAGCUCAAAGAGUACCAGCUCAAGGGUCUCAACUGGCUCGUCAAUCUGUACGAACAGGGCAUCAAUGGUAUUCUCGCCGACGAAAUGGGUCUUGGAAAGACUGUCCAAUCCAUUUCCGUCAUGGCCUACCUGGCCGAGAAGCACGACAUUUGGGGCCCAUUCCUUGUUGUUGCCCCUGCUUCCACCCUACACAACUGGCAGCAGGAAAUUGUCAAGUUUGUACCUGAGUUCAAGAUUCUUCCAUACUGGGGCAGUGCUGCAGACCGAAAAGUUUUACGAAAGUUCUGGGAUCGCAAACACUCGACGUAUCGCAAGGACGCCGCUUUCCACGUCUGUGUUACUUCGUACCAGCUGGUCGUAUCAGACGUGGCCUACUUCCAGAAAAUGAGGUGGCAGUACAUGAUUCUGGAUGAGGCACAAGCCAUCAAGAGCUCUCAGAGUUCCCGCUGGAAGUCGCUGCUUGGCUUCCACUGCCGCAAUCGCCUGCUGCUUACCGGUACCCCCAUCCAGAACAACAUGCAGGAACUGUGGGCCCUGCUUCAUUUCAUUAUGCCGUCGCUCUUUGACUCUCACGAUGAAUUCAGCGAGUGGUUCUCCAAGGACAUCGAGUCUCAUGCUCAAAGCAACACAAAGCUCAACGAGGACCAGCUCAAGCGUCUGCAUAUGAUCCUGAAGCCAUUUAUGCUUCGUCGUGUCAAGAAGCAUGUGCAAAAGGAACUUGGCGACAAGAUUGAACUCGACGUCUUUUGUAACCUUACCUACAGGCAGCGCGCCAUCUACGCCAACUUGCGCAACCAGAUCAACAUUAUGGAUCUUGUUGAGAAGGCGACUAUGGGCGAUGAUCAGGAUUCUGGUACGCUGAUGAAUUUGGUUAUGCAGUUCAGAAAGGUCUGCAACCAUCCUGACCUGUUUGAGCGUGCCGAUGUCACUUCGCCAUACUCUUUUGGCUACUUCGCCGAGACUGCGUCUUUUAUCCGUGAGGGCAAUGAGGUGACUGUCGGCUACUCAUCGCGUAGUCUGAUUGACUACCAACUCCCUUCGCUGGUGUGGAAUGAGGGCGGUCGCCUCUACAAGGCCGGCAGCGACAACCAGAAGGCCGGCUGGAGAAACAAGGCUCUUCAUCACAUGAUGAACAUAUGGACACCCGAGAACAUUAAGGCGAAUGCCGACGAGAACAAGGCCUUCUCCUGGCUCCGAUUUGCAGAUACCAGCGUCGGUGAAGUCUACAAGACCAUGCACACAGGCGUAUUUGAUCGGGCUGCCGACGAGCUAGCGAAGAGUGACCGCCUGAGCCAGUUUGCGAUUGCGUAUGAUGAAGAAAAUGACAACUUUUCGCCUGGCCAUGCCCUUUUCAAGAUAACCGAGCGCAGCAACCGGAAACCUCUGGCGGAUAUCACCAAGCAUGGCAUAUUGUCGCGUCUGAUGAAUGUUUCUGGCCAAGCCUACGACGACAGCGGCAUGGGCCGCUUCGAUCUUGCUGGUAGACCUCGCGUCUCUGCGCCACCGUUGGUUGCUUCUUCGAAUAGUGUCGACUCUGAGCGAGAAGCCCGGAAUGUCUUGUUUAAUGUACCAAUUCGCAAGAAACUCUAUGGCACGACUCUGAACGAGGAGCAGGCUCUUGUCGCAAAGAAGGUGCCUUACAACCUGUAUCCCCAGCCGAAGGUGCUACCAGAGCCGGACAACGAGAAGAGGCGCUUCACUAACAUUGACGUUCCUUCCAUGCGCCGCUUCGUUACCGACAGUGGCAAGCUCGCCAAGCUGGACGAAUUACUUUUCAAACUCAAGAAUGAGGGCCACCGUGUUCUAUUGUACUUCCAGAUGACGCGUAUGAUCGACAUGAUGGAGGAGUACCUUACUUACCGCAACUACAAGUACUGCCGUCUCGAUGGUUCGACCAAGCUUGAGGAUAGACGUGACACUGUCGCUGAUUUCCAGACCCGCCCUGAAAUCUUUAUUUUCCUACUGUCAACUCGUGCUGGUGGUCUCGGUAUCAACCUAACAUCUGCCGACACUGUCAUCUUCUACGACUCUGACUGGAAUCCCACGAUUGAUUCGCAGGCCAUGGACAGAGCGCAUCGUCUGGGCCAGACGAGACAGGUUACUGUGUACCGCCUCAUUACCCGUGGCACCAUCGAAGAACGUAUCCGGAAGCGUGCGAUGCAAAAGGAGGAGGUGCAGCGCGUUGUUAUUCAGGGUGGUGGCGCUAGCGUUGACUUCUCUGGCCGUAGAGCUCCCGAGAACCGCAAUCGUGACAUUGCGAUGUGGUUGGCGGAUGAUGAGCAGGCAGAGAUGAUUGAGCGUCGCGAGAAGGAGCUCCUCGAGUCGGGUGAGCUGGACGCGAAGAAGAAGAAGGGUGGUGGCCGCAAGAAGAAGUCGGAGGCGCCGGCUAGUCUUGAUGACAUGUAUCACGAAGGCGAGGGUCACUUUGACGACGGCAGCCGUGCGGGUGCUUCUGGCACUGCCACUCCAGCGGAAAGCGAGCCUAAGAAGCGAGGUCGAAAGCCGGGCGGCAAAAAGGCGAAGACGGCGAAGCAAAGGCUAGCCAUGGCCGAUGGCAUGGUUGACGGGUAA